GGCUGCUCCGGCCGGGAGGCCGCCGAGGAGACGGCGCGGCGGUGCCGGAUCUGACAGAAACAUCCUUGGAUCUUGGUGUCUGGACAUAGGAGAAAUUGACGUGAUUAAAAAGCACAUGCACUCAAGCAAACCACCGGAAGUUGUACUUCUUUAUCUUCAAUUGUUCUGAAGCACAAGACCUUUCCAAACACUGUAGAUAUGGACAAAGAAGAAAGAAAGACUAUCAACCAGGGUCAAGAAGAUGAAAUGGAGAUUUAUGGCUAUAAUUUGUGUCGCUGGAAGCUUGCCAUAGUUUCUCUCGGAGUGGUGUGUACUGGCGGCUUUCUUCUCCUGCUCCUCUAUUGGAUGCCCGAGUGGCGGGUAAAGGCAACCUGUAUUAGAGCUGCAGUUAAGGACUGUGAAGUGGUGCUGCUGAGGACUACUGAUGAAUUCAGAAUGUGGUUUUGUGCAAAAAUUCGCUUUCUUUCUCUGGAAACUCCCCCAUUUUCAAUCCCAAAAUCUAUGGCUAAUAAGGUUUCGAAUGGCCAUGCAGUUCACCUAACUGAAAAUCUGGCUGAAGAGGAUAGGCUUGAGAUGAAUAAAUAUUCACAGCCUCAAUCACAACAGAUUCGUUGUUUCACCCACCAUAGUGUAAAAUACUUCUGGAAUGAUACCCUUCACAAUUUUGUUUCCUUAAAGGGACUGGAUGAAGGUGUUUCUUGUACGUCAAUUUAUGAAAAGCAUAGUGCAGGACUGACAAAGGGGAUGCAUGCCUACAGAAAAUUGCUUUAUGGAGUAAAUGAAAUUGCUGUGAAAGUGCCUUCAGUUUUUAAGCUUCUAAUUAAGGAGGUUCUCAACCCAUUUUACAUUUUCCAGCUGUUCAGUGUUAUACUGUGGAGCACAGAUGAAUACUAUUACUAUGCUAUAGCCAUUGUGAUUAUGUCUGUAGUAUCAAUUAUAAGCUCCCUAUAUGCCAUUAGAAAGCAAUAUAUUAUGUUGCAUGACAUGGUGGCAGCUCACAGUACUGUGAGAGUUUCAGUUUGCAGAGUAAAUGAAGAAAUCGAGGAGAUCUUUUCUACAGAUCUUGUGCCAGGAGAUGUCAUGGUCAUUCCAUUAAAUGGGACAGUCAUGCCUUGUGAUGCAGUACUUAUUAAUGGUACUUGUAUUGUAAAUGAAAGCAUGUUAACAGGAGAAAGUGUUCCAGUGACAAAGACUAAUUUGCCAAAUCCUGCAGUGGACAUAAAAGGAAUGGGAGAUGAAUUAUAUAGUCCAGAAACACAUAGACGACACACUUUGUUUUGUGGGACAACUGUUAUUCAAACUCGUUUCUACACUGGAGAACUUGUCAAAGCCAUAGUAGUUAGAACAGGAUUUAGUACUUCCAAAGGACAGCUUGUCCGCUCCAUAUUGUAUCCCAAACCAACUGAUUUUAAACUCUACAGAGAUGCCUACUUAUUUCUACUGUGUCUUGUGGCGGUGGCUGGCAUUGGGUUUAUCUACACUAUUAUCAAUAGCAUUUUAAAUGAGGUAGAAGUUGGGGAUAUAAUUAUUGAGUCUCUUGAUAUCAUUACAAUUACUGUGCCGCCUGCACUUCCUGCCGCAAUGACUGCUGGCAUUGUGUAUGCCCAAAGAAGACUGAAAAAAGUGGGUAUUUUCUGUAUCAGUCCCCAAAGGAUAAACAUCUGUGGACAACUGAAUCUUGUUUGCUUUGACAAGACUGGAACUCUUACUGAAGAUGGUUUAGAUCUUUGGGGGAUUCAACGAGUGGAAAAUACAUGUUUUCUUUUGCCAGAAGAAAAGGUUUGCAAUGAGAUGUUGGUAAAGUCUCAGUUUGUCGCUUGUAUGGCUACUUGUCAUUCACUUACAAAAAUUGAAGGAGUGCUUUCUGGUGAUCCACUUGAUUUGAAGAUGUUUGAAGCCAUCGGAUGGAUUCUGGAAGAAGCAACUGAAGAGGAAACAGCACUUCAUAAUCGAAUUAUGCCCACUGUGGUUCGUCCUCCAAAACAGCUGCUUCCUGAAUCUACACCUGCAGGAAACCAAGAAAUGGAGCUGUUUGAACUUCCAGCUAUUUAUGAGAUAGGAAUUGUUCGCCAGUUCCCAUUUUCUUCUGCUUUGCAACGUAUGAGUGUGGUUGCGAGGGUGCUAGGGGACAGGAAGAUGGACGCCUACGUGAAAGGGGCGCCAGAGGUCAUUGCCGGUCUUUGUAAACCUGAAACAGUUCCUGUUGAUUUUGAAAAAGUUUUAGAAAAUUACACCAAACAGGGCUUCCGUGUGAUUGCUCUUGCACACAGAAAAUUGGAGUCAAAACUGACAUGGCAUAAAGUGCAGAAUAUUAGCAGAGAUGCCAUUGAGAACAACAUGGAUUUUAUGGGAUUAAUUAUAAUGCAGAACAAAUUAAAGCGAGAAACCCCUGCAGUACUUGAAGAUUUGCAUAAAGCCAGCAUUCGCACUGUCAUGGUCACAGGUGACAACAUGUUGACUGCUGUCUCUGUGGCCAGAGACUGUGGAAUGAUACUACCUCAGGAUAAAGUUAUUAUUGCUGAAGCAUUACCUCCAAAGGAUGGGAAAGUUGCCAAGAUAAAUUGGCAUUAUGCAGACACCCUAACACAGAGUAGUGAUUCAUCAGCAAUUGACUCGGAGGCUAUUCCAAUUAAAUUGGUCCGUGAUAACUUAGAGGAUCUUCAGGUGACUCGUUAUCACUUUGCAAUGAAUGGAAAAUCAUUUUCGGUGAUACUGGAACAUUUUCAAGACCUUGUUCCUAAGUUGAUGCUACAUGGCACUGUGUUUGCUCGUAUGGCACCCGAUCAGAAGACACAGUUAGUAGAAGCAUUGCAAAAUGUAGAUUACUUUGUUGGGAUGUGCGGUGAUGGUGCAAAUGAUUGUGGUGCUCUGAAGAGGGCACAUGGAGGCAUUUCCUUAUCAGAGCUUGAGGCUUCGGUGGCAUCUCCCUUUACCUCCAAAACUCCUAGUAUUUCCUGUGUGCCAAACCUUAUCAGGGAAGGCCGUGCUGCUUUAAUGACUUCCUUCUGUGUGUUUAAAUUUAUGGCUUUGUACAGCAUUAUACAGUACUUCAGUGUUACUCUGCUGUAUUCUAUCUUAAGUAACCUAGGAGACUUCCAGUUUCUCUUCAUUGAUCUGGCAAUCAUUUUGGUAGUGGUAUUUACAAUGAGUUUAAAUCCUGCCUGGAAGGAACUUGUGGCACAAAGACCACCUUCAGGUCUUAUAUCUGGGGCCCUUCUCUUCUCCGUCUUGUCUCAGAUUAUCAUCUGCAUUGGAUUUCAAUCUUUGGGGUUUUUUUGGGUCAAGCAGCAGACGUGGUAUAAGGAGUCACAUCCACAUUCAGAUACACAGGAAGCUUUUAAUACAACAGGAAACCUAUAUGGGAAUUCUUCGCAUUUGUACAAUGAAACCAAUCCUGAUAGACAUAAUAUAGAAAAUUAUGAAAAUACCACAGUGUUUUUUAUCUCCAGUUUUCAGUACCUCAUAGUGGCAAUUGCCUUUUCAAAAGGAAAACCCUUCAGGCAACCUUGCUACAAGAAUUAUUUUUUUGUUGUGUCUCUGAUUAUUUUGUAUGUUUUCAUAUUAUUCAUCAUGUUGCAUCCAGUUGCCUCUAUUGACCAGAUUCUUCAGAUAGUGUGUGUACCAUAUCAGUGGCGUGUAACUAUGCUCAUCAUUGUUCUUGUCAAUGCCUUUGUUUCAAUCGUGGUAGAGAACUUCUUCCUUGACAUGGUCCUUUGGAAAGUUGUGUUCAAUCGAGACAAACAAGGAGAAUAUCGCUUCACCACCACACAGCCACCACAGGAGUCAGUGGAUUGGUGGGGAAAAUGCUGCUUGUCCUGGGCCCUGAACUGUAGGAAGAAGAUGCCAAAGGCCAAGUACAUGUAUCUGGCCCAGGAGCUCUUGGUUGACCCGGAAUGGCCACCAAAACCUCAAACAACAACAGAAGCGAAAGCGUUAGUAAAGGAGAAUGGAUCAUGUCAGAUCAUCACCAUAACAUAGCAGUGAAUCGGUCUCAGUGGUAUUCUAGUAGCAGUAUUGAGGAGAAUGUAAAUGUAGGACUUAAUCUGAUCCUGUGCGUCAGAAUGGCACCCUUUCAAUUUAUGUCCCUUCCAAUACAGUAGCUGAUUUGAGUUUUUUUUUUUAAACAAAACAAACAAAAAGAGAUUGGCCUGUCAGUUAAAUUAAUAAUCAAUCUUCAAAGUCCUGUACCUUCAUUCAGUAACUCUAAAUAUUAUAUAUAUUUCCAGAACUUGCUUGAUUGUUAUCCUCAGUGAUACUCUUUAUAGGGUACAGAAGAAAGUUGGUAUCUGGAAGGUAUUUAGAUAUUAGCUUCUAAGACUUUAGUUUAUGCCGUUGAAUUUAUUUUCACAGCCCCCUUAUUAGAAAAAGUCAUCAUUUAUAUACAGGCCCUAAGUUUGUGGUUGAUAAAUAAAAUGGGUGUUAAUUAGCCUCCAAUGAAAAUAGGUACAAAGCCUGUUUUUAUUUGAUUUCAAUAUUUCUCCCAAAGAAAACUUAGUAUACAUAACACCAGUUCCCUUUGAUAGCCUGGAGUUAGGAGUGAGUUUUAUGGUGUUGCAACUCAGGUAAUUUCCAUUUAUGGUUUUAUAUUUUCUGUACAAACUGCCUGGGUUUUAUUUUUUCUAAUCAGCAAGGUGCUUCACUGCCUUCUUGAGAUGUCCCUCAAAGCUAUUAUAUGGAUCUUGUGCUAUGUCUGGUGUCAGUAGUAUAAUUUGCUUUAGUUACAUGUUGUUGAAGCCUUUUCAGUAGGAAAAAAGCUGAUUUCUUUUGGCAGUAGAUGUAGAUCUACCUUUCUAAUAUCUCUUCAUACCUGUUUUUUUCCUCUCAGGCUUUAUAUUAUUUUAAAUGUCUUUUUAUUUUCUU